UUUUGCGAUUGAAAUCGAGUGAAAGUCGGCGAAAAUCGAUUGUUCGUUAUGUUUGUAUAAAAUCCGAAGAGAUGGAGAAUGUUAGUGGUAAUAGAAUCGAUUGAAAUAUUGAAUGGAAGUACUAAUCUAAAUGAUUUUGUUUGUAGGUUUGUGGAAGGGAGUUAUGCCUCGAACAAAGAACGCAAAUGUAUCUUUAACGGAGACUCCGCCAGAAGCCAAUCUUGAAGAAGUGCCACCGCCGGCAGUAGUGGAAUCUGAAGCAACAGAUUCAAUCUCUAACGUGGUUGCAACGGAUUCUAAUGAGGAAACCGAAGCUCUACAACCUUUUAAAAUGUAUUUCAGUCCGAGUGAGUAUACAAAGUCAUUCAAGAUUUCAGCAAAGUGCUAUAUUCAUAAGGUAGUGGGCUUAUUGGAGACUCAUCUUAGAGGCAAGGAGUUGAGAUGGUUUAAGGAACACCCACAGUUUCGACACUUCUUCCACAUGCACAGGGACGCAAAUCAUAAGUUGAUGGGUAUGUGGCUGUUAUUUCUUCGCACAGCAUGUUUAGAGAAGAAGCGCGAAGUUUGGUUUAUCGUCAACGGGGUUCCGAUCCGCUAUUCUCUCAAAGAAUUUGCUCUCAUGUCAGGAUUAUAUUGUCACCAAUUUCCGAAGUCCUAUGAAACCAAGGGCAGCAUGGAGUUUGUUGGCAGGAUAUUUGGAGUUGGAGCAACAAUAAAAUAUCAAGAUGUGGAGGAAAAGUUCCUAUCAAUGAAGAGAUCUUCUGAUGAUCGUUUGAGAGUAGCUGUGUUGUACUUCUUAAGCAGCAUCAUCGUUGGAAAGACUAAGACAGGAGAGAAGGCACCAACUGUGGAGAAGUUUUUCCAAAGGGUUGUGGCUGAUCUAGACUUGUGCGAAACAUUCCCGUGGGGGAGAUAUGCAUUUGAUGAAAAUCUGAAAGACAUCUUCUAUAUACUGGAAAAAUGUGAAGGAGUUGUUGGUCCACAGAAAGUGUUUCCUAGUUUCGUUAUGCCUCUGGAGCUUCUAGCGUUUGAGUCAAUUCCAGUUCUGAAGAACACUUUUUGCGUCGAUGUGGGAUCAGCAGAUCCUAAGUGUCCUCGGAUGUGCAAGACGAAGUUUAAACCAAGUACUAUGAAAGGCUUUCCUAUGUCAGAUGUGUAUGACAAACUCGGUACAACUAAGGUUAGUUAAAAUCUGAAAUGCAAACUAGAUAACAUGUUUAUUAUUUAUGUGUCAUGGAGGUUGUAUUAAUUAGAUUU